AUGGAAGUGUUUGGCUGGAAUAACUACAGAUGGGGCUCCAUCAAUGACGGGAGGAAAAACGGACUUGUAGCACAUGUUCGAAGAAAACUGGAAGAGGAGGGGGUGGAAGAUGCCAUUGCUCUGCACUGCAUUAUCCAUCAGCAGGCCCUUUGCAGCAAAAUCUUAAAGUUUGACAAUGUGAUGUCUGACGUCGUGAAAUUCAUCAACCAUAUCAGAUCCAGGGCUUUAAAGCACCGGCAGUUCCGUGACUUUUUGGUUGAAAUAGAGUCAGAAUAUGAGGACGUGCUCUACUUUACCGAGGUACGUUGGCUCAGCAGGGAGAAGGUCUUAAAGAGGUUUUUUGAGUUGAGGGCACAAGUGAAAGCCUUCAUGGAGAAGAAUGGGAUGGCUGUCCCUGUGCGAAGUGAUCCUAAAUGGCUAAUGGACUUAGCUUUUCUUGUUGACUUCACACAGGAGCUGAAUGUACUGAACAAGAAGUUACAAGGCCAGGGCCAGCUUGUGAGUGUCAGAACAUUUUCCACAAAACUUAUGUUAUGGAAAGCCCAGCUUUCCCAGACAAACCUCUGCCAUUUCCCAGCAUGCAAGGAACUCAUGGAUUCAGGCACAACAUUCAGUGGUGAGAAGUAUGCUGAUACUAUCGGAAAGCUACAAGAAGAAUUUGAUCACAGGUUUGCAGACUUCAAGACACACAGAGCCACUUUUCAAAUGUUUACAGACCCCUUCUCCUUUAAUGUGGAGGAUGCCCCCCCUGUCCUGCAGAUGGAGCUAAUUGACCUGCAAUGUAAUACUGAACUCAAAGCCAAAUUCAGGGAGGUGAGUGGAAACACUGUGGAGCUUGAACAAUUUUUGAGAAAACUCCCCCCCACCUUUCCUGAGCUUUCCAGGAUGUUCAUGUGCCUUUUUGGCAGCACCUAUCUGUGUGAAAAACUCUUCUCCACAAUGAACUUUAACAAGUCAAAGUUCAGGUCCAGACUUAAAGAUGAGAACCUUAAAGCUACACUGAGGGUCUCAGUUGCCUCCUCCCUCAAGCCAAAUGUGUCUCAGCUGUGUGAGAGGAAGCGCUGCCAAGUCUCCGGAAGCAAGGAGUAG